CUCAACAGUGGGCCACAUGAGGAACAGACAACGCGGUUGUUUCGUGGGAAACUUCGCUUUCAUACAAAAACAUCCUUUACCAAAAAAAUAACGCGGUUUGGAAUAAUUUUCUCUAAUUUCGUUGUGGGAAGACGCGUAUUAUUUGCAGUCUCUGUUUCUUGCAUUUUCCUGUUUCUUUAGUUUACAGCAAAUGAGUUACUACAAUCAGCAGCAAACUCCGGUUGGAGCUCCUCCUACACAAGGGUAUCCUCCAGCUGGGUAUCCACAGGCUUAUCCUCCACCACCGCAGGGUUACCCUCCAGCUGGGUAUCCACAGGAGGGCUAUCCUCCAGCUGGGUAUCCACAACAGGGCUACCCUGUUCAAGGAGGACCUGCACCUGAGACACAAUCUAGAGGAGAUGGCUUUUGGAAGGGAUGCUGUGCUGCUCUGUGCUGCUGCUGCGUGUUGGAAGAAUGCUGUAUUUAAGUUGGGACAGUAGUUUGGAAGGCUCUUGGGUUUGCUAAGAUUAAAUAAUUGAAUAUGAGGGUGUAGCUUUGGAUGGCUCAGAAUUGACGCUUUGAACUGCUUUGCUUCAGCCUUAUAUUGUAACCUUAUUCCCUCAUGGGAUUGUUGGACUAUAAUUAUGUACCUAAUGGAGUAUAUUUCCAACAUAUAUUUUAAGACAUAAGUUAUAUUUAAGAGCCUGCCUUUCUAUUAUAAA